CUCUGUCUCAAGAAGAAAAAAAAAAAAAGGAAAAAGAAAAAGAAAGAAAGAAGAAAGGUCUCCAUGGAGCCGUCAAUCAGAUGGGAGUAAAGAGAUGGGCCCCUCAUUCCAGCUCUAGUCCUGGUGAGCCCCCACCUCAGCCCCAGCCUCAGUCUUGACUCAGUCCCAGGUCCAGCGCCAGCCCUAUCAUGACCAGGGAGUAUCAAGACCUUCAGCAUCUGGACAAUGAGGAGAGUGACCAUCAUCAGCUCAGAAAAGGGCCACCUCCUCCCCAGCCCCUCCUGCAGCGCCUCUGCUCCGGACCUCGCCUCCUCCUGCUCUCCCUGGGCCUCAGCCUCCUGCUGCUGGUGGUUGUCUGUGUGAUCGGAUCCCAAAACUCCCAGCUGCAGCACGAGUUGCGGGGCCUGAGAGAGACGUUCAGCAACUUCACAGCGAGCACCGAGGCCCAGGUCAAGGGCUUGAGCACCCAGGGAGGCAAUGUGGGAAGAAAGAUGAAGUCGCUGGAGUCCCAGCUGGAGAAACAGCAGAAGGACCUGAGUGAAGAUCACUCCAGCCUGCUGCUCCACGUGAAGCAGUUCGUGUCUGACCUGCGGAGCCUGAGCUGUCAGAUGGCGGCGCUCCAGGGCAAUGGCUCAGAAAAGGCCUGCUGCCCGGUCAACUGGGUGGAGCACGAGCGCAGCUGCUACUGGUUUUCUCGCUCCGGGAAGGCCUGGGCCGACGCCGACAACUACUGCCGGCUGGAGGACGCGCACCUGGUGGUGGUCACGUCCUGGGAGGAGCAGAAAUUUGUCCAGCACCACAUAGGCCCUGUGAACACCUGGAUGGGCCUCCACGACCAAAACGGGCCCUGGAAGUGGGUGGACGGGACGGACUACGAGACGGGCUUCAAGAACUGGAGGCCGGAGCAGCCGGACGACUGGUACGGCCACGGGCUCGGAGGAGGCGAGGACUGUGCCCACUUCACCGACGACGGCCGCUGGAACGACGACGUCUGCCAGAGGCCCUACCGCUGGGUCUGCGAGACGGAGCUGGACAAGGCCAGCCAGGAGCCACCUCUCCUUUAAUUUAUUUCUUCAAUGCCUCGACCUGCCGCAGGGGUCCGGGAUGGGGGAUCCGCCCAUCUGGAGGCCUCUUCUGCUUUCUCGGGGAUUUUCAUCUAGGAUUUUAACGGAAGGGGAAGGAUAGGGUGAUGUUCGGAAGGUGGGGAGCUUGAAACUUGUGGCGCUUUCUGCAGUUUGCAGGUUAUCAUUGUCAACUUUCUUUUCUUUUUUUUUAGAGUAAAAAGAAAUAUACCUAAA